CACCAGUGGGCGUGCAGCGUCUGGAGCAGUGACGCUGUUUCCCGGGAAGUAGGAUGAGGCAGACACGGGGAUCGUGUGAGAUGUUCAUCACCAUUAGGCUCUUCCCAGCCCAGAAAGCCGCUCUGUCUGACUUCCCACAGAGAAGUGGAGCUGAUCGGGAAGCAGAGUCAGGGCAGUUCAGCGAGGACAUGAUCCCCACCGUGGGCUUCAACAUGAGGAAGGUGACCAAAGGCAACGUCACCAUAAAGAUCUGGGACAUAGGCGGGCAGCCGCGGUUCCGGAGCAUGUGGGAGCGGUACUGCAGAGGCGUCAAUGCCAUCGUUUACAUGAUAGAUGCUGCAGAUCGAGAAAAGAUAGAAGCCUCCCGCAACGAACUCCAUAAUCUUCUAGAUAAGCCACAGCUGCAGGGAAUUCCAGUGCUGGUCCUCGGAAACAAGAGAGACCUUCCUAACGCCUUGGACGAGAAACAGCUCAUUGAGAAAAUGAACCUGUCUGCUAUUCAGGAUAGAGAAAUUUGCUGCUAUUCAAUUUCUUGCAAAGAAAAGGAUAAUAUAGGUAAGAAGGGGCGGGUGUUUCUGGAAGAAAGGGUUACCCCGGAAGGGGCAUCUAAUGGUAUUUCUGUUGACUGUCCCCUUCUGUGUAAGUGGCCUCUUUACACAGUGCUGUGGCUGUGGCUCAGGAAGAGAGUGGGCGCCAUCCCCGCGGGGGUCCACUAGUGGUAACUUUGGCAG